GGAAGUGGGUGGGGAGGGUUAGUGACCCGGAAGUGUAAGGUGCGGGGGUCAAUAUGCCGCUACCCGUCCAAGUCUUUAAUUUACAGCAGCCGGCGAGCUCUGUAUCAGGGCGAGGGGGUGCAGAGAGUCAGGACAGGAUGAGGGAUAGUUCAGUUCCAAGCUCAGCUUCAUCAUCAGUGACAGAUCUAUUCUGCACCCCCCGCAGCAGUAGGUCAGACCUCUUCCUCCCAGGUACAUCUGGAGACUUCAGCCUGAGUGCCAGCUUAUCAGCCUGUACCCUGCUCUAUGAGGGUGCGGUAGAGCCCAUGCAGAUCGAUGUAGACCCACAAGAAGAUCAGCAAAAUGCACCUGACAUCAACUACGUGGUGGAGAACCCAACUCUGGAUCUGGAGCAGUAUGCAGCGAGCUACAGUGGCCUGAUGAGGAUUGAGCGGCUGCAGUUCAUUGCUGACCACUGCCCACAGCUGCGCAUGGAAGCCCUCAAGAUGGCUCUGUCAUUUGUCCAAAGAACAUUCAAUGUUGACGUUUAUGAAGAAAUUCAUCGGAAACUUACUGAAGCCACAAGAGAGCUCCAGAACACACCUGAUGCUGUUCCGGAUGGAGGAAUGGAGCCCCCUCCUCUAGACACAGCUUGGGUUGAGGCAACACGCAAAAAAGCUCUUCUCAAGUUGGAAAAGCUGGAUACAGAUCUAAAGAACUAUAAGGGGAAUUCAAUCAAGGAAAGCAUCAGGAGAGGCCAUGAUGACUUGGGUGAUCAUUACCUUGACUGUGGAGACCUUAGCAAUGCUCUCAAAUGUUACUCACGAGCCCGUGAUUAUUGCACCAGCGCAAAGCAUGUUAUUAACAUGUGCCUCAAUGUUAUCAAGGUCAGUGUUUACCUUCAGAAUUGGUCCCAUGUCCUGAGCUAUGUGAGCAAGGCAGAGUCUACGCCAGAAAUUGCAGAGCAACGAGGAGAACGUGACAGCCAGACACAGGCAAUCCUCACAAAAUUGAAGUGUGCUGCAGGCUUGGCUGAGCUAGCUGCUCGGAAAUACAAGCAGGCAGCAAAGUGCUUCCUCUUAGCUUCGUUUGAUCACUGUGACUUCCCUGAGCUGCUGUCUCCUAGCAAUGUGGCUGUGUACGGUGGCCUGUGUGCACUAGCUACCUUCGACCGUCAGGAAUUGCAACGCAAUGUCAUCUCCAGUAGUUCCUUUAAACUCUUCUUGGAGCUGGAGCCACAGGUUCGCGACAUCAUCUUCAAGUUCUAUGAAUCCAAAUAUGCCUCAUGUCUCAAGAUGCUGGAUGAGAUGAAGGAUAACCUGCUACUGGAUAUGUACCUGGCACCUCACGUGAGAACACUUUACACACAGAUCCGAAACCGGGCCCUCAUCCAGUAUUUCAGCCCCUAUGUGUCAGCAGACAUGCACAAGAUGGCAACUGCAUUCAACACCACAGUGGCAGCUCUGGAAGAUGAACUCACUCAGCUGAUCCUGGAAGGACUGAUUAACGCCAGAAUAGACUCUCACAGCAAGAUUUUAUAUGCACGAGAUGUUGAUCAGCGCAGCACCACCUUUGAAAAGUCUUUGCUGAUGGGGAAGGAAUUUCAGCGCCGCGCCAAAGCUAUGAUCCUGCGAGCAGCUGUCCUACGUAACCAGAUCCAUGUGAAGUCUCCUCCUAGAGAAGGAAGCCAAGGUGAACUCACUCCAGCAAACAGCCAGUCCCGAAUGAGCACCAACAUGUAAAGCUCUAGGAAUCAUCAAAAGACUCUCCCCUCCCCCACUGCACCUGGGAACAUGCGCAUCCAGCAUCCGAGCCACCAAUGAUCCCCGGGUGCCUUUUCUGUCUCUCUGGGUAUGGGAGGGCAGGACUGGGGCAAGGGGCAUGUCUUAGGAGUCCGGUAAUUCCUUUUAGAAUUGAAACUUCCAUUAGAUGCCGCACUGCAAGAGUACAUGAGCAUGUGAAUGUGCAUCUCGUCCUUCCCCAGGGUAUUUCACAAACAGAGGCUUAUCUUGGGUUCUUGCACUUGCUAACAUCUCUGUAGUUUCCAUUCAGUAAACCACAGUGAGAAUAUGGAAGGUGUGUUCCUGAAGAACUUAUUCACACCACGGUUGUCUCCUACCCUUAUUCCAGCCCAAAUAGAGUGCCUCUCAGGUAGCACCCACAGGAAAUCUGAUAUCCUUUCCAUCCAAGGCUUGUGUUUGCAUUUACCCUGGGUCAGCUCCAUUUCAGUCUGUUCUUCCCUUGGAAAAAAAGGAAAGCCUAUGUUCUGGCUUGUUCUUGCAUCCCUAGCCCUGUUCUGGCUAUAGUUUUAAUGUUUCUUUAUUCAGAUUUACUGCUGUAGUGUGUGGUGGCUUUCUAGCCUCUCUGGACAACAUGACAGGGGUAAAUGGCACAAAAGUACUCCACCUUUAUCCAUGCAAGAUCCUCCACCUGUUUGCACUCCCAGUACAACUUCUUGUUUACAGAAGAGGGUUGUGGUUACAGGUCAGACAUGGAUUGUGUUAUGUUAAUGAAAGUAGUUAAAAUGUUGAAUAUUCUGCAGUUUAUUCAUUAGUCCCAGGGACAAAAGUUACAGAUUUGGAUCUGUCCCUUGACAAACAGAACACUGUCAGUGAUGUUUAGUUUACAAACAAAGUUCUCUUUUGUGCAUUAAAAAGCAUAAUUGCAAAAA